AUGAAGAAGAAACUCAAGCUUGACCCUCUUCUUCGCGAUGAGAUAUUGGUGACUGUUAUGACGAACUACCCAGAGUUUUAUGCUGAAUGGUCUGAAGACGAUACAAGUGAACUGCUGAUGUUGGUUUCUGAAGCCAAUGAUGAGGUUUCUCCAGUUUCUAUACCAGAACCUUCGGACGGAAAUCGGGCCGGGGCAUUUCUCCGACAUUUUGCACAACGAGCCCUAGAGUCUGCUGAGGUUUCUCGACGGCAAGCAGAAUCGCAGCCCCUGUACCUCCAAGCUGCUCAAGAUGAAACAAAACACAGACUGGAGAUACUCCGUAACAGGUCAAACAAUUCUUAUUCUCCUAUUGAAAUUUCACCGGAUAAACCUGAUGAUUCUGUGUCUAAUGCUACUCCGUCUUGUGUGCCUGUUAAUUCUGAAAAUUUAUCUGCUUUAAACUCUGAGAAACCCCCUGUAUCUGUUGAUCCACCGUCUCUACCUUUGGGUGAGUCUGAUUGUGUGAAAAGUGGUGUCUUGCAUGUGUCUGAUGAGAAAGAAAAACCAACUGAUGAGUCCAAUAAUCUGAGUCUGGUUGUGUUCUCUGCUGAUAAUAUUGCUCUGCCCCCUGCUGUGAUUGCUGAUGAUCCCAAAGAAAUUUGCCCUGCUGAUAAUUCUUCUGUUUUACCUGCUAAUGUUGAGUCUGUUGAUCUCUCAAGCCCCCAUAAGUCUGAGAAAAAGGGUGGAAUCCCAUCACUCUAUGUCUCCUGUACACUCCCAUCCAAGGAGACAAGACGGUCGAAGAGAAAGAAUAUACAUGUGAAGGUGGUGGUUGAGUCUGGUGAUGACACUGCGGAUACAGAUCAACCUGAUAAGAAAAGGAAGUCUAGUGAGGCUGAGAAAACUGAGACCAAUCCUCCUGUCCAACAAGUGUUUAACACCUUACGGUCUUUUGUUAAGCAAAAGGGUUCUGUUGCUGCUCAAACUACUGUUGUUCCACCAUCUUCUUCCAGAAAAGGGAAGCCUGCUACUCGUGCCAGAGGUCGGAGUGUUACGCCUGAAGUUCAAGCUGUUGAAAGCCCUGAUACGUCCAUUUACAGACCUCAGUUUGUCUCUCCUACUGCUCAAGCCAAGUGGUCUACCAUGGUCAGAAGAGAUCUGAUUGUCCAAAGAUCCGUUGAUGAGAAUCAAAUGAAUUCGGUCUGUGAUGUUCUGCCUUUGCUAAAAGAAGUUGGUCUGCUGAAGACUGUUACUGCCAUCUGUCCUUAUUCAAAACCGCUCACCUACGAAUGUUAUUGUAAUCUCAAUGAUGAGGUGGACAAUUUGUCUGGAGUGCGUCCAAUGCAGAUCUUCAUUCCUGGGAAGUGGUAUGUGUUUGUCACUGAUAUGAUUAACGAGUACUAUGGCCUACAAGGAGUCCAAGAGGAGUCUAUCACUGAUUGGGAUGCAGUGGCGAAAACGAUAACUGGUGGACAAGCUGACACAUGGCUUACUGGAGAUAAGGAUACUCUACCUAGCUCUGAACUCACCUCCAAAUAUGUUAUUCUUCAUUGUCUUGCAUUGCACAACUGGCUUUCUUAA